UAUCGAGGUAAAAUAGUUAAGCUUAGUGUUAGUUAGGGGUUAUAGUUUAGGGUUCAGGGUAGGGAUGUUCAAAGGAAUCCAGAGACGAACAUGGUAUUUAAGAGCUCGGAAGAGACACAGGCAUUCAUUCAUUUGUUUCGUUUUUUACAAGCAGCAGAGUGUCUGCCCCCAGAUAGUUUCCUUAGAGACGAUGCAAAAUAAUUACCAAGAUGUCUUUGAUCCGAUUGAGGAGUAAGUAGGCUAUAUUUAUGUUGUGAGGAAUAUAUUUAGGCCUACUGUGUUGAUAAGGCAAAUUGGGUUUAUAAGAAAAUAAUGACGUUUUGUUGAUAAUGAGUUGAUAACGUACUGUCGAAAGCAGGUAGGCAAUAUUAUUUACUAUGUUGAUAAGGGAAUAAGCUAGUGUAGAAAAAUAACGUAAUUUGAUGUGCUAGUAUAAUUUAUUUAAUGUUUGAAUUAGAUUGUAAAUUAAAAUAUACACACGUGGUUCUAUAGGAUAUAUACAUAUUUUACAUUGUAAGACGAUGCCCUUGUGUGCUGGAGCUAUGGGUUUAUUUUUCCACUGUCACUAGGCCUUCACACUCGAACUGAAUUGAAUAGGGGAUGCAUAACUACUUUUCACUGAAGAAGGGAACGGGGUACGACGUUCAACUUCGAUCGAAUACCUUCAAAUCAUGCCUGACAAGACCAAUGAAAUCAUAACGUCAAGAGGUGAUGAGCCAGAGCAACCAAUCAGCAUCACUGUGGAUGUUCUCCCCCACCAUCCACACUGCUCUCCCACCACAAGCAACCACAUCCUAUUCUCCUGUUCAAUUAAUUUGCCGCCACACUGAAAAGGACUGUACAUACGUACGUACCUCUGUGCCCAUCUCAUUGUAGCAUGAUCCAUCCAAGGCCAAAGCUGGAAGCCUAAAACGUGAGAAAUGUAAACAAGAUGCGACUGUAGUUUGUGUGUGUGCGUGCGUGCGUGGAAGGAGUUCCAAGAAAAUACAUGAGAAGAUGGCAAAAGAGAUAGCGAUGAGAGUGAGAGCAUACAGUAUGAAAAUAAAGACUCCUUUGGAUCUAAAAUGAGUGUGGGAUGCCCUCUUCUUGUGUCUCCUUUGUGUCUGUUUGGGGAUACUACAGUCACCCCUGGUGGUGCUUCUUGGAACACUGCUAUUUAAGUCUGAGCAGAGGUUGACAAAAACCUUCAAUGGUGGUGGUGCCUUAUGGCUAACGAGACGUGGUGUGGUCACAAAAGCAUACAGGAACUCAAGUCCUUCUGUUCACCUGAUUUAGAAUUCCUCACAAUCAAAUGUCGACCGCAUUAUCUACCAAGGGAAUUCUCUUCGAUUAUAAUCACAGCCGUAUAUAUUCCCCCCCAAGCAGACACAUCGAUGGCUCUGAACAAACUUUAUUUGACUCUUUGCAAACUGGAAUCCAUACAUCCUGAGGCUGCAUUCAUUGUAGCUGUGGAUUUUAACAAGGCUAAUCUGAAAACAAGACUCCCUAAAUUGUAUCAGCAUAUCGAUUGCGCAACCAGGGCUGGCAACACCUUGGAUCACUGCUAUUCUAACUUACGCAACGCAUAUAAGGCCCUGCCCCGCCCUCCUUUCGGAAAAGCUGACCACGACUCCAUUUUGUUGAUCCCUGCCUACAGACAGAAACUAAAACAAGAAGGUCCCACGCUGAGGUCUGUUCAACGCUGGUCCGACCAAUCUGAUUCCACACUCCAAGACUGCUUCCAUCACAUGGACUGGGAUAUGUUUCGUAUUGCGUCAGACAACAACAUUGACGAAUACGCUGAUUCGGUGUGCGAGUUCAUUAGAACGUGCGUUGAAGAUGUCGUUCCCAUAGCAACGAUUAAAACAUUCCCAAACCAGAAACCGUGGAUUGAUGGCAGCAUUCGCGUGAAACUGAAAGCGCGAACCACUGCUUUAAAUCAGGGCAAGGUGACCGGAAACAUGACCGAAUACAAACAGUGUAGCUAUUCCCUCCGCAAGGCAAUCAAACAAGCUAAGCGUCAGUAUAAAGACAAAGUAGAAUCUCAAUUCAAAGGCUCAGACACAAGAGGUAUAUGGCAGGGUCUACAGUCAAUCACGGAUUACAAAAAGAAAACCAGCCCCGUCACGGACCAUGCUCCCAGGCAGACUAAUUCACUUUUUUGCCUGCUUUGAGGACAAUACAGUGCCACUGACACGGCCUGCAACCAAAACAUGCGGCCUCUCCUUCACUGCAGCUGAGGUGAGUAAAACAUUUAAACAUGUUAACCCUCGCAAGGCUGCAGGCCCAGACGGCAUCCCCAGCCGCGCUGGUGUGUUUACGGACAUAUUCAAUCAAUCCCUAUCCCAGUCUGCUGUUCCCACAUGCUUCAAGAGGGCCACCAUUGUUCCUGUUCCCAAGAAAGCUAAGGUAACUGAGCUAAACAACUACCGCCCCGUAGCACUCACUUCCGUCAUCAUGAAGUGCUUUGAGAGACUAGUCAAGGACCAUAUCACCUCCACCCUACCUGACACCCUAGAUCCACUCCAAUUUGCUUACCACCCAAAUAGGUCCACAGACGAUGCAAUCUCAACCACACUGCACACUGCCCUAACCCAUCUGGACAAGAGGAAUACCUAUGUGAGAAUGCUGUUCAUCGACUACAGCUCGGCAUUUAACACCAUAGUACCCUCCAAGCUCGUCAUCAAGCUCGAGACCCUGGGUCUCGACCCCGCCCUGUGCAACUGGGUACUGGACU